ACCACGCCUCACGUCACCACGCAAACCACGCCUCACGUCACCACGCAAACCACGCCCCGUUCCCCGCUUCUCGUUCCCUUCCGCUUCUUUGGUCACUUCCGCUUCCGAGUGGCGCCGAGCGCGGAACCUCCUCCUCCUUUUCCCUCUCCUCCUUUUCCCUCUCCUCCUCCUCCUCCCCUGCUCUCCUCCUUUCCGGAAGGUUCCGGCGCGGGGAUGUGGCACGAGGCGCGGAAGCACGAGCGCAAGCUCCGGGGGAUGAUGGUGGAUUACAAGAAACGCGCCGAGAGGCGCCGCGAGUACUACGAGAAAAUCAAAAAGGACCCGGCGCAGUUCCUGCAGGUGCACGGCCGCGCCUGCAAAGUUCACCUGGAUUCCGCCGUGGCCUUGGCAGCCGAGAGCCCCGUCAACAUGAUGCCCUGGCAGGGGGACACCAACAACAUGAUCGACAGGUUCGACGUCCGCGCUCACCUGGAUUUCAUCCCCAUGUACACCCCGGCCCUGCUCAGCCCCACCUCACCGGAGCAGGAGUCGGACGAGCGCAAAUGCAACUACGAGCGGUACCGGGGCCUGGUGCAGAAUGACUUCGCCGGCAUCUCGGAGGAGCAGUGCCUGUACCAGAUCUACAUCGACGAACUCUACGGCGGCCUCCAGAAACCCAACGAGGACGAGAAGAAAAAGCUGGCGGAAAAAAAGGCUUCCAUAGGCUACACCUACGAGGACAGCACCGUGGAGGAGCUGGAAAAUUCCCUGGAAAAGCGACCGGGGGACGAGGAGGACUCCGAGGAAGAUUCCAACACGGACGAGGACGAAGCGAUCCCGGAUAUCGACGUGGAAGUGGACGUGGAUGAGCUGAACCAGGAGCAAGUGGCCGACCUGAACAAACAGGCCACGACCUACGGCAUGGCCGAGGGGGAUUUCGUCAGGAUGCUGAGGAAGGACAAGGAAGAGGCCGAAGCCAUCAAAAACGCCAAGGCCUUGGAGGAGGAGAAGGCCAUGUACUCGGGCCGCCGCUCCCGCCGGCAGCGCCGGGAAUUCCGGGAGAAGCGGCUGAAAGGGCGGAAAAUCAGCCCCCCGAG